GAUCACUUCGUUUCUACUACCAUUUCAGGACGUGUCUUCCAUCUUCUCUACUUUGUCGUCUUCCAUCGCUCCAACUUCGCCGACGAGUCACAUCUCGGAAAUCAGAAGGAGGUAAAAUUUGGGUGGGAGGUGCCCGAGAUCGAUUCUCUUGCUUCGGAACCCUAGAUUUUGUAUUGAAAUCGGUUAUUGUAGUAGAAAAUAAAGGGGAGAGGAAGAAAUGGUGGGUAGUAGUAAUUCGUUGGCGGGUCUACAAGAUCACUUGAAAUUAGCGAGAGAAUACGCACUAGAAGGAUCGUAUGACACUUCUGUCAUCUUUUUCGAUGGCGCCAUUGCUCAGAUCAACAAGCAUUUGAACACCCUUGAUGAGCCUUUGACGCGGACGAAAUGGAUGAACGUUAAAAAGGCCAUAAUGGAAGAGACGGAAGUUGUAAAGCAGUUGGAUGCAGAGAGGAGAGCAUUUAAAGAAGCUCCCACUGGGCGUCGUGCUGCUUCUCCGCCUAUCAAUACCAAAUCAUCCUUUGUCUUUCAGCCGUUGGAUGAGUAUCCAACUUCCUCCGGAGCUCCAAUGGAUGACCCUGAUGUGUGGAGGCCUCCUACCCGUGAUGUUACUAGUAGAAGACCCGCCAGGGCCGCUCAAAGUGGUAUGAGAAAAUCACCUCAAGAUGGGGCUUGGGCUCGUGGCCCAACGACACGAACAGCUCCAUCUUCCCGAGGUGGACGAGGUGGUGGCGCUACUGGCAAAUCUACUGCAGGCGCCCGCUCUUCCACUUCCGGAAAGAAAGGAGCCACCUCUAAAUCUACCAAGGCAGAGUCUACCAAUGGCGAUGCUGAAGACGGGAAGUCUAAAAGGGGAUUGUAUGAGGGACCUGACGAGGACCUGGCUGCUAUGCUUGAAAGGGAUGUGUUGGACUCAACUCCUGGUGUACGUUGGGAUGAUGUUGCAGGUUUGUCUGAAGCCAAAAGGCUGCUUGAGGAGGCAGUUGUGCUUCCUUUAUGGAUGCCUGAGUACUUUCAGGGAAUUCGGAGACCAUGGAAAGGAGUUCUUAUGUUUGGUCCUCCUGGGACAGGUAAAACUCUGCUGGCGAAAGCGGUUGCAACCGAGUGUGGUACCACCUUCUUCAACGUCUCUUCUGCUACAUUAGCUUCAAAGUGGCGUGGAGAGAGUGAGCGGAUGGUCAGAUGCCUGUUUGAUCUGGCUAGGGCAUAUGCUCCCAGCACAAUUUUUAUUGACGAGAUCGACUCUCUUUGCAAUUCUCGCGGGGGUUCUGGAGAGCAUGAAUCAUCAAGAAGGGUGAAAUCAGAACUCCUAGUUCAAGUGGAUGGAGUGAGCAAUACAGCGACAAAUGAAGACGGUAGUCGCAAAAUAGUAAUGGUAUUAGCAGCUACCAACUUCCCAUGGGACAUAGAUGAAGCUCUCAGGAGGAGGCUGGAAAAACGUAUAUACAUUCCACUUCCGGAUUUCGAGAGUCGCAAGGCUCUUAUUAAUAUCAAUCUGAGAACAGUUGAGGUGGCGAGUGAUGUUAACAUUGAAGAUGUGGCUCGGAGAACGGAAGGGUACAGUGGAGACGAUCUGACGAACGUGUGCAGGGACGCGUCAAUGAACGGGAUGAGGCGUAAGAUAGCGGGUAAAACGAGGGAUGAGAUAAAGAACAUGUCAAAGGACGAUAUCUCAAACGAUCCUGUGGCCAUGUGUGAUUUCGAAGAGGCCAUUAAGAAAGUGCAACCAAGUGUGUCUUCCUCGGAUAUCGAGAAACACGAGAAGUGGUUCUCUGAGUUUGGAUCCGCUUAAACCCACUUUUCAUUAGUCUCAGAAGAUGUGUGCUUGUUUAUAACUUUAUAUAUCGUUAUUAUUUGCCAUUUAUUUUAAUCAGAUACUGUAUUCUUCUUAUGUUUCUAAAUUCCAACUAAAAGUAAAAAGAGAUUGUUGUAUGAUAUUGUUCUUUUUUCCGAUUUUUUGGGUU